GUUCAACAACUCCGUCUUCAUUUUGUGAGAUGACCUAUCUUUGCAUGCGCCUCCUUCCAUGCCCAUCCCUCAAUGCACUUCAGUCUAACUUCUAUUGCCCUGUCAACGUUAGCAACCGGGACCCAAGAGAGCUGAAGAUUUACUCCAUACUUCUUCAGCAACAGCACACUCAUGCAUGAUACGCCGUAACGAUGGCCGAUAUCGAGCUUCUCACGGAAGGUCGCCUGUAUACGGCUGUUCAAGUUGCGGCCGUUGGUGGUGUUGUAUACUGCGUGUCGAGAUGCAUCUAUUUGCUCUGGUUUCAUCCCCUGGCAAAGUUCCCUGGGCCUAAGAUCGCUGCCGUCUCGAAUGUCUGGUACGGCUACCAAUGGUUGUCAGGUCGCUAUCCGUGGGCCAUGCAACAGGCCUUCAGGGACUACGGAGACGUUGUUCGCAUUGCGCCCAAUGAGCUGGUCUUCAUCACUCCCAAGGCGUACACGGACAUUUAUACCAGCAGCAUCAACGGCCGCCCCGGCUUCAUCAAGUCUGACCUGCUUGAUACCGGAGACAAGUACGAGGGCCUUGCAUCAGAGCGGGAUAUCGACAAGCAUCGUGCUGCGCGCAAGCAGCUUGCUCCCGCUUUCAGUCCCAAGGCACUGAGACAGUACGAGCCGGUCAUUCACAAGCACGUCGAUGGAUUUGUCUCCAAACUCGAGAGCUCACCCGCACCACACCAAGGGGUUGACAUCGCCCCGUGGUUCGAGAGAGCAACAUGCGAUCUUGGUGGUGCCGUCACUCUCGGCCAUGAUUUCAAAAACAUUGAAUCCGGCCAGAACCACCCCAUUCUCGAGUCAUUGCUGCGGAUCGGCCACUGGGCCACCUUCAGAAACGUCAUGCGCCGAUUCCCGCUUCUCUACCCCUUGUCAUACGUCUUCCUCCCGCCCAAAGUCGCUCUGAGCUACUUCCGGGCCCAUUCAACCAGCAAAACUCUAAUCCGAAGACGUGUUGAAAACCGUCACGACGGUAAACAGCUCGACUACAUGACGCAGUUUCUCAAGGACGAGUCGGACCUCCCACCAGAUGGCUUCCUUGUCUCUCAGGCCGGACACUUGAUUCUCGACCACUAUGAGUCUUCAAGUGUGUUAACUGCUGGUAUUGCCUUUUUGACGACAAACCCGGAGGUCAUGAGCAAGCUCCAGAGCGAGCUUCGGACGACCUUCAAGUCUUACCGCGACAUCGAGGAGGACACGGACAAACUGCACGAUCUUUCGUGGUUGAACGCCACCAUUGAAGAGAUUCUGCGCCUCCACACCAACGUGCCCUACGGAUUGCCUAGAAUCAGCCCGGGCUGGAAUGUAGACGGGAAUUACGUGCCUAAAGGGGUAGUCGUAUCCUCCUGCGCCUACGCGACCACCCACUCCCCCAAAUACUUCACCAAACCCUACGAGUUCAAGCCCCAGCGCUGGCUCCCCAAGAGCAACCCCGACUACGACCAUGUAUUCGACACAGACGACAAGACGGCCUUCAAGCCCUUCAGUGCCGGGUCCCGCAACUGUCUGGGGCAGGCCAUGGCUUACUUGGUGCUCCGCAUCAUGAUUGCCAAGCUUUGCUGGAAGUUUGACUGGGAGCUGCUGAAUAAGGACGAGAUGGACUGGGACAGGGAUUUGCGUCUUUACAUUGUCUGGCAGAAACCAAAGGUUCAUGUUCGGUUGACCCCUUUUCAGGGGGACGGCACUCAGGCUACUUUGGGUUGAGUGUUGAACCAUGUAGAUAGAGG